AUGUAACUGUAUUAUCAUUAGUUCUGGCUGUUUUCAGCCUUUCAGCUCUUUUCAUCUAUCACACAAUACUUUCAACUGUAGACUUUCCCAGCUGCAGGAUCUACUGCCAGAAAUGCAUUUAUCCGGAUAUCAAACAUAUUUUUUCUUCCCCUCUACUGCUUCUUUGUCCCUCCUUUACCUCUCCUGGUGCAGGUUGUGAGGUAUAUGCAUUCUGCGGAGCACUGUUUGGUAUCUGUAGCAUGAUUACACUAAUGGUGAUUGCGGUGGACCGGUACAUGGUGAUCACCAGGCCUCUGGCCUCCUUGGGGGAGAUGUCUCGCAGGAAAGCCCUGAGCAUCGUGGGUGCUGCCUGGUUCUACUCCAUGGGCUGGAGCCUACCCCCCUUCUUUGGCUGGAGUGCCUAUGUCCCAGAGGGUCUGAUGACGUCUUGUUCCUGGGACUACAUGACAUUUACCCCUUCUGUCCGCUCCUACACCAUGCUGCUCUUUACCUUUGUCUUCUUCAUCCCUCUCGCCAUCAUCAUCUUUAGCUACUGCUGCAUCUUCAGAGCCAUCCGACACACAACACGAGCGAUAACAAAGAUCAAAUGUGAGGGAACAAGAAACUCUGCCAAGAGAUUCCGUAAGAUGAAGAGUGAGUGGAAGAUGGCCAAGAUCGCACUUAUUGUCAUCCUACUAUAUGUCAUCUCCUGGGCCCCUUACUCCUGUGCAGCCCUCACUGCAUUCGCUGGGUACGCUCACAUGUUGACUCCAUAUAUGAACUCUGUUCCUGCUGUGAUCGCCAAAGCAUCUGCUAUCUACAACCCCAUUGUAUAUGCCAUAACACACCCCAAAUACAGGUCAGCACUCACCAAGUACAUUCCCUACCUCGGGGUAUUGCUGUGCGUUACUGGAAGAGACCGUUUCAGCAGCAGCAGUCUCCAGUCCACCCGCCGAUCAACCCUCACCAGCCAAUCAGAGAGCAAAUGCCCCAGCAGACCGCACAACUCCUCCCUUUCUGACAGCGAAUCAGCUCGCUUCUCAGACACGGAGGAGGAUUGCUCAUCUCAGAUUCCUGCCAGUCGUCAAUUGUCCAGUGAUGUCAAACAGGUGCGUCAUGCCAGCCAGAGGUCAAAGGUGAGAGGCCACAACACAAGAGAGUUUGAGAGAACUGCCACCCACAUCGCCACUGACCCGGCCAUAUAUCUCCUCUCACAAAUUACAACUCAGACAGAGCCUGAAGACAUCUCCAUGUCGGCCAUCAAUCUGCAGCCAACCAGUCAUCUGCCUGCUACUGUAAGAUACCUCUGAUCACCCCACCUAUUGCUCUGUGCAGUAGAUGUCGCAUCUGUUUUUUUGUAACAAGAAAAUCA